AUGCCAUUGCCCGAAGAGCCGCAUCUCUGCCGCUACUUUACAACGUGGUGCUUUCGGCGUGCCAAUGAUAACAGCCAGAAUUGCAGCGUCAGCAGGAGGCUGCAAGAGCAUCUGGAACUCGUCUGGAGUCUCCGCGCAGACAUGCUUGUCCAAAAACAGCUCUACGCAACAUCUCAUUCACGCUACAAUAGCUGGCAGUUCCACGGUCUUCCCACCGUUAGUAAGAGUGCUCAGUCAACUAGUCAGCCUUCUGCAGGUCCACCAUUACAGGCGCGUACCCUGCGUCUUAUUGUCCAUCGCGCUUGGUGCUUCAACAACUAUACGAUGCUAGACCGGAAACACCUUUAG